AUGCUGCUGCUCCACCAGACCGGCAGCCUAAAGAUUGGGGAGACGGUCCGAUAUACAGUCACCUACACGCCGUCACAAGAUCGAAUUCUUCCCUCACCCGAGUGCCUAUACCUGCGCAUCAAAAACAGUUCUGCCAUCGCCCUUCGGGCCGCAUUCGUACACGGCCCCUACAACCUCUCCGCCGCCGCCUAUCCCGCCACUUUCAACCCCAACGAAAAGUUUGAGGAUGCGCGUCUCUAUGGCGUUCCGGAGUUCGAGCCCAUGCUUAAGGCUGGUGGAACCUGGACUUGCCACUUAGUCAUUCCGGAAACAAUCAGGCAGACUGCAGGCACCGGAGGUUCCGGCCACUUCGGCAACGGCCCGGAUCAUGACGGGGAAAGCGUCUCAUGGAUUAUCGAGGUGUCGUCCCAGGUUAUUUUCUCGGCUUCUGCAGCCGUACAUUACGAUGUGCUGCUGGCGCGGGAUGAGAAGUCUUUGACCCUAAAUUCCGGCAUACCUGUUGUUGGAAACCACGCCCAGGUUCCUCAACCAGGGCGGGUCAGCGACUUCCAACAGAGCAAGGGCGCCAAGGAUGGUCGCCAUAAUGCCCAGAACAAGGGUGUAUUUUCCAGAGCAAUCCACCUGAAGGUCGAAGACACCGCCAGCCUUUGGAACACCCCCGAACUGCCGGGCGUUGAGCAGCCACCGCCGCAGGCUGAUGCUGCCAAAGGCACAGACACUGAGGCGACCCAGCCAGCUCAACACCCCAACAAGCCCAAGGACAAGGAUCGGAAACCGACGAAGAAGAAACAGGUGCACUUGGUCAUGCUCACGCACGGCCUCCAUAGCAACCUGGGCUCCGAUAUGCUGUUUCUCAAGGAGAGCAUAGAUGCCGGCGUAAAGCAAGCGAAGGUUGAUGCGAAGGAGAGACGAGCCAAGGAGAAGCAGAGCCAGUCUCAAAAGUCCAAAGAGUCGGGCGGUGAAGAAAACGCCGACUCAGGCGUGAUGCUGGAUGACCCUUACGAUGAAGUUUCAGACGACGAAGAGACCAUUGUUCGUGGGUUCUCCGGCAAUGCCACUCGCACAGAGAGGGGCAUCAAGUACCUGGGUAAAAGACUAGCUCGAUAUGUCUUAUCCAUCACCUAUCCCGAUCAACCGUUCCUGCCGGCUGGUAAGGCAGCUCAGGAGGUCCUUUCGCAUAGUUUGAAGGGAGAUCCAAAUUCGCACAAGGACGCGGAAGGGAAGCCGUCCCACAAGCAUAGCUCCAUUCACAAGAACGCGACAGGCUUCGAGGACAGAGGGUACCAGAUCACCAAGAUCAGCUUCAUCGGUCACUCUCUGGGUGGCUUGAUCCAGACAUAUGCUGUGGCCUACAUCCAGAAGCACUCGCCACAAUUCUUCGACCUCAUCAAACCCAUCAAUUUUGUUGCACUGGCGUCCCCGUUCUUGGGUCUCAACCACGAGAACCCAAUGUACGUCAAGUUUGCCUUGGAUUUUGGUCUCGUUGGCAGGACGGGACAGGAUCUUGGACUGACCUGGAGAGCACCGACAAUCGCAAGGAAUGGCUGGGGCGCAAUCGUCAGUAACCUAGGCGAGAAUGCUCACAAGAAGGUCAUGGGAGAGUCUCAGUCUGAGUCGAAGCCGCUACUCCGUAUACUGCCCACAGGCCCGGCGCACAUAGCUCUGAAGAAGUUCAGAAACAGGACUGUGUACUCCAAUGUUGUCAACGACGGGAUCGUUCCACUUCGAACUAGUUGUUUGUUGUUCCUGGACUGGCAGGGCCUGGGCCGCGUGGAGAAGGCACGGCGGGAAGCAGGCCUAGUAGAGACUGUUGUUGGUUUUGGCUGGGCUGAGCUCACCGGUGCAAACGUUACAUCCCCCAGAAAUGGCCCUUGGACUCCCAGGGAAGGCAGCGACAACAGCAGCCCUGCCUCGGGAGCCGCCACUCCUGUUGGCUCCGGAGAUUCUCAUGAGGUGCCUCAGCCCCCGACUGACGCCAUGCUGGAGGAUGACAGGCAGAGUCUCAGGACCGCUGCCACACCGUACCAAGACGAAGGAUACCCGUCAUCUACGGCCAUCACUAAUAACACAAAUCCGUUCUCCGGAUUCUUCUCCUUGUUCAAGCACAACAACGAACCUCCAAAACAACCUGCGUCACCAACCACCAAACAGAAGAAGAUUUACCAACGCAGCCAGACCCUACGCUUCGACGAGAACGCAUCAGAAUCGUCACAAUCGUCCCAAAAGUCCAAAGUCACUUCCGGCCAUGAGCUGGGCACGGAUGCCGACAGCAGCCUCUCAGCACCACCGAAGACCACAUUUUUUGAGUCCGCAGGAGAUCUCCUCAACCCGAAAUUGCCUUCGGUGGAUUAUAUCAUUGAUCCCUCAACGAGACCGAGGACAAUUUUUCACGAUCGAGUGUAUCAUCCAGCAGACAUCCCACCUCCACCCCUGAAGAAGCGCCCCACCGGCACCUUGGCUUUACGCAGGAAGUCAUUUAACACAGUGGCAUCCUCCUCGAGCCGUAACUCACAAUCUGGAACUUCUUCCGUGCAUCAACCUCCUGCCCAUCAAGACUCAUUAUCUUCAACCAGGGAUUACGACGACACCGAAAAUACCAACCCAGACAAAGACCCGUCCGAGGUUAUUGACAGCUCAAACAUGAAAGUGGAAGAGAAGAUAGCUCGCGCUUACCACCGCGAUCUUUCUUGGCGGAAGGUCUUGGUUAAACUGGAGCCGGAUGCUCACAACAACAUCAUCUGUCGCCGUAUGUUCGCCAAUGCGUUCGGCUGGCCUGUGGUGAAACACCUCGUCGACGCUCAUUUCAGCGACUCAUGCGCGGCCCGUCUGCGCGACGAAGACGAGAAGAAUACUGAGCGAGCCAAAGCGACCGGCCAGCCUCCAAGUGAAGACGGCGGCGAGACCAGGCCAGAACCUGGCCCGACAGAAGAAGCCAUGAGGCCAAGCCCCAGCAAAGACCAAGAUACCUCACAAAAGAACUCAGAACACGCUGGGCACAAUCGGACGGUGAGCGAGGCCCUUGAGGCUCGGGAUAAGGUCCUAGACCUCCCGAGCAACUCCGUGGACCAAUCUCCGCCGGGACAUCGUCCUGUUCGAGAGAGAGUCGACUCAGUAGAUUGGAGUGAGAGGGACUGGGCAGACUCCGAAAGCGAGAUGGAUGAGACGCAGUCCAGUGGUGGUCAGCAGAAAGACCCCGGCCAGGCAGGCAAGAAAACAUCCCCUGAGCGCACUUCCAGCCCCGUCAGUGGAUUUUGGACGGAGAAGAUAGUCGGGAAAGGCGCGACAAAGAGAAGGGGCAAUUCGCCAAGUACCCAGCCACCAGAGAGUCAGGCCGCGGCUGAAUCUUCAAGACCGGUCUCCGGCACGCCGGGAGUGGCGGGUGCCCCGGGAGCCCCGGCAGCGAAGCCGGAUGAUGUGGAUUGA